AUGGUAACAAUUGGAGGUUUUAUAUUAUCUGGAUCCCUUGGAUUACUCGCCAGAAGAAUUCAAGUAUCAUUAAUUGGUAAAACAUUCCCAUUCUCCUAUCAAAGAUUAGUAGGAUAUGGUUUAUCCUCAGGAUUUUUCAUGACUUCAUAUUAUUUCUUCAGUGGUGUAGUAGAUGGUAACAGAGAAUUAUUAGACAGAAGAUUACAAGUAUUAAGAGAACAAAGAGCCAAAGUUGAAGCUUUCAGUGAAUUAACUGAAUUGGGAGACCAAAGAGCCACUGCUCCUGCCAUGCAAGGUAGAUUCUUUAAAUUAUUGGAUAAAUAUGGUGCUCCUUACAAGUAA